UCACCCGUUGUCAAAAAUGGCGGCACCCGCAUUCACCUCGCCUCCACCGCAGUUCGACGCUGCUGCGGAAACUUGGACAAACUACACGGAAAGGCUAGAAGCGUACUUCGACGCCAGCGGCAUAUCAGAUGAGUCUCGGAAACGCUCCAUUCUCAUCACAUGUCUGACUCCCGAGUUGUACGGCCACUUGAGGAGCCUGCUGGCGCCAAAAAACCGCGCGACGAGCCGUACGACCGCCCUGCUCACCCAGCACUUGAGUCCGGCGCCUUCGGAAACCUAUGAAACGUUUCGAUUUCAAACUAGGGUGCAGAAUGCAGGCGAAAAAGUGUCGGAGCACUUAGCGGAGUUGCGGAAGAUCGCGGACAACUGUGGAUUCGGUUCGGCUCUAGAGCGCAACCUCAGGGACAGAUUUGUGAUCGGCCUGCGCGAAAAGAUGGUCCAACGUGUACUUCUCGCGAAGCCCAAGUCGCUGACAUUGCAAGAGGCCCUGGAUGUGGCUACAUCAGCGGAACUCGCAAUCCUGAAUGCGGACCGACUGCCUAGUGCAAACGCGUCGGUACCUGGCCCAGCGGAAGUGAACGCCAUGCACGUGAAGAAGGGUCGCUCAGGUCAACCCUCGGAAGUCCGAAAACCACGACCAUGUAUUCGCUGCGGUGCCUGCUCACACGAACCUCCAAACUGUCCACACAAAAACUCGACAUGUUUCAAGUGCCAAAAACGAGGACACUUGGCAGCGAGCUGUUUGGGAGGCAAGGAACAGGGAAAACCUAACUUUCAGGCGAGCGCGGUGACUGUAUCCGAUGAAGUGAAGUGGCUGAACGAAUUAUCGACAUAUUCACAGUCACUAGCACAGCGACAACCAGUCGUGAAGCCGGUUUCCAGAACACUCAGCUGGGGCGGCGAACUCCUCAGUAUGAAAAUUGACACUGGGUCUCCUGUUUGCAUAAUUUCGGAGGACACAUACCGCACUCAUGCGAACCAGUGGCCCAAGUUGGAAAAAACUGGAAGAGAACUUCGUUGCUACCUGGGACAGCUGCCUGUCUGUGGAGUACUGAACAUGGCAGUUGAGCACCAAGGUCGACAAAUGGCAGCUGAACUGUUCGUUGUGAAAUGUUCGGGACCAGCACCUUGUGGCCGUGAUGUGAUUCUGGGACUGGGUCUCAUGCACGACAUUCAGGUGGGAGCAGUCCUAGACUCGACCGAAGACACCUCUGCAACUACAAUGAAGCUCAAGGCAGACUUCAAAGAUUUGUUCCAGCCAGGUACAGGUCUGAUGAGAGGGCCACCAGUCAACAUUGCCCUUAAGAAGGAUUGUAACCCCAGAUUCCUGAAAGCUCGCUCACUCCCAUAUGCAGUCCGCAAUAAGGUUGCGGCAGAACUGCAACGCAUGUGCCAACAAGGGAUCUUGACCCCCAUCAGCCACAGCAAGUGGGCAACACCUAUUGUCCCAGUUGUGAAGCCAGACGGAACUCUGAGAAUCUGUGGAGACUUCAAGGUCUUAGUCAACCCUGCAUGUGGCAUUGACCAAUAUCCUCUUCCCAAGGUUGAAGACAUUUUUGCAUCACUGAAAGGAGGCUACUGGUACUCCAAAUUGGAUCUUCGUGAAGCAUACUGUCACAUACCGUUGAGUGAGGAGGCAAAAAAGUUGCAGUGUUUGAAUAGCCACAAAGGUCUAUUUGCAUACAACAGGCUUCCAUACAGCAUUGCCUCAGCUCCGGCAAUCUUUCAAAGAAGGAUGGAAGCUCUUCUGCAAGGCAUCGCAGGCACUCGGGUCUUUUUGGACGCUGUGCUUAUUUCAGAGCCUGAAGAUGGCUAUGGAAAGACGGUGAGAAGAGUACUCAGGUCUUCCGUGAAAAUGGAAUUCGACUGCGGGAGGACAAGUGCGUUUUUGGUGCAAGGGAGGUGA